ACUUUCGGUCACCCUGGUCCCACAUGGGCAGCUGCUGCGGAGCGCGCUGCAAGCAAAAAAGAAUUGAAAAAACCGCAUUAAAAUUGUGAAAAGUGCACAAAUAACGUUUAAAGAAAGCUUAAAUUGACGGUGUACAGUAAUUUGCCUUAGGAGUUCACAUAAGAAUCGUAGUUAAACCAACAGCAGCAGUAACAAAAAGUUUACAAGAAGCAGUGUGCAAGUGGAUACCUUUCAAUGGCCGCCACUACAACAACAACCACAACACUAGCAACCACCACCAACAUCAGUAACAACAACAUCAGCAACAGCAGUAACAACAACAGCAACAACAAUCACAUUGUAACGGUUCACACCGUUCUAAACACACCCACCUCCGCUGCCGCAGACGCGGCAACUGUUGCCAUAGCCAAGGACAUGCUGCAGCUGCAUCAUGGCGCCGCCGCAGCCCUAAACAACAACAAUAGCAGCAGUAGCAACAACAACAACAACAAUAAUAAUAACAACAAUAGCAAUAGCAGCGCCGAAUUGGCAAACAAUCAAAAUAAUAAUAACAACUCAGCAAACCACCCACCUGCCCAUGUAGUUGCCGCCAGCUCGUCGAGCUCGAGUACGCCGCCAGCGAAUGCAGUUGGUGUGCUGCGCUUUAACGAGGACCUGCUGCACAUAACGGACGAGGUGACCGUCAUUGGUCGCAACUCGUCCACAUCUAUGGUGCACUUCAAUGUCGCCGAGAACAAUUUGGUCUCGCGGAAACAUUUCCAGGUGCUCUACGAUCCCGAGCGUCGCGCCUUCUUUGUGCAGUGCCUCAGUAAGAAUGGCAUAUUCGUUGAAGAUUUUCUGCAGCGACGCCACGUCGAUCCACUGCGAUUGCCCCAACGCUGCUUCUUUCGAUUCCCGAGUACUGAGAUACGCAUCGAAUUCGAGAGCUUUGUGACAUCACCGACGACGGACUUGGCGCCCGAUGCAGCAUCAUUGGCGCCGGCAUCGGUAUUAAGCAGUCCAGCUGCAGUGCCGGGUGCGUCGGGUGGAGCUGCUGCUCAUGUCAUUAUAACGCCACCGCCAAGGGAUGAUCUGCAUUCGAUGCAGGCAACGCAUCACCACAGCCAGCAGCCACAGCAGCAGCAAUCAGCGCAUCACUUGCAACAGCAGCAACAACAACAGCAACCGCUGCCAUCGCAUCAUCAACUCCCACAUGCACCUCACCACCCGCUUCACCACACAUCGUUGCAUCAGCAGCAGCAACAACAGCAGCAGCAACAACAACAACAAUCGCAGCAGCAGCAACAACAGCGUCUACCAGGAGCGCCAGCAACAGCAGCGUCUCAUUUGUUGCCUGCUGGCGGCGAUGGAGCUGCCAUUUAUUCACCGCUCAAGAUUUCAAUACCCAAAAAGGAGCAGAAGAGCCCCUAUUUGUCACCAACUGGUACAAUAAGCGCUGCCAACAGUUGUCCGGCUAGUCCACGUCAGGGUUUCCAUCAGAAUCAGACGAAUAGCUACAACAACUACAGCAAUAAUAAUACGCAGGAUCUAUUCCAGACACCAUCGACAGCCAGCUAUAACCACAAUGAGAAGCCGCCGUAUAGUUACGCCCAGCUAAUUGUUCAGGCCAUUUCGGCCGCGCCGGACAAGCAGCUGACACUCUCGGGCAUUUAUUCAUUCAUUGUCAAGCACUAUCCGUACUACCGCAAGGAGACAAACAAGGGCUGGCAGAAUUCCAUACGUCAUAAUCUCAGUUUGAAUAGGUAUUUCAUCAAGGUGGCACGUUCGCAGGAUGAGCCCGGUAAGGGAUCAUUCUGGCGCAUCGAUCCGGAUAGCGGUGCCAAGCUGAUCGAUCACAGCUACAAGAAGCGUCGCCAGCGCAGCAGCCAGGGCUUCCGUCCGCCCUACGGAAUGCCGCGCUCGGCUCCAGUGUCGCCCAGUCAUAUGGAUAACUCACGCGAGAGCUCACCACUCCAGGAUAUUGUGCUCCAAUCAGCACCUGGCUCACCUGGCAUGUCGCUAGAGCAACGUGCCGCCGAUGCUGAAAUCAUUUACAACUCUCAAAAUGCACACCAGCAACAACAACAGCAGCAACAACAACAGCAACAGCCACCACAGACGCUGCCCAAUAAUUCCAAUCAAUACAACAGCGGCAGUCCUUACUAUGUGAGCAAUCAAGGUGCUGGUGUUACUGUGCAGCAGGCGCACAUAGAUGGAGGAGGUGGAGGUGUGGGUGCUUUGAUUGCGCUCAAAAGGAAUCAUGUAAUGGCCGUAUCGCAUCCGGCUCCGCCGACGCUACAUCAACAGCAGCAGCAGCAUUCAGAGAUUAUCUACGAAGAGCUACCAACAGAUUACAGUGGUCACAUGGAGGCCGGGGAGGAGGAAUGCGGUACCACUGAUGCCACAGUUGCUAAACGACCCAAAUAUGUGUCCGAAGUGCUCUGAUGCGUCCGCAUUCAGAAGCAGAAACUCAACAAAGGCAAAUAAUAAUAAACACACAACUGGACCAGUUGUAACAGCAGCAGCAGCAACAGCAGCAAUAGUAGUACGAGUAGGAUCAGGAGUACAAGUAUGAGCAAGAUUAGGAGCAGGAGCGGGAGCAGCUGUGUCGUCGUUGGUGACGACGAGAACUCAGAGAACGUUUAAAACCAAGCGAAAUGCAAAAUAUGCAAAACAAAGCCCACUUGAAGGACAUUUCUAGAAAGCUAGACACAAAAUUAAGUAUCUCCAUCUAGUAUAUUGAAUUUGCCAAUCCCAAUCGAGAAAACCUUCUCCUACUCCUCAUCCUCUAAGCAAAUAUAAAAAACGAACGAAAGAAAGUUGGACAACAAUACUGAUAUGGAAUGAAUAUAUAAAUAUAUAUAACAAAACAUGAAAAUUGUGAGAUUGUGCUUAUGUGUUGACCGUGCAACGGUUCCACUUCCCUUACCACUCCCACUUCAUCCCGUAUCCAAAUCCCUUCACAUUUACGAUAGAACCCUUAGCUCUGACGAAUUCAAUAUGCUCGAUGACGCUACUCUCUAAGUACAUAAACUAAAUCAUAAGAUACAAUUCGAAGUAAUGCAAACCAACACAAAAAAAGAUGAUAUAUAUAUACCAUAUAUGUAUAUGAGAAUAUAUAUAUAUAAAUACGAUUGAUUAUUGUAAUGAUGUUUAAGAUGUUAUAGCUAUGUGACCGAAUGCGCGAGAAAUGAGAGAAAAUUAGGGGUAAAACCAAGCAAACAACACAACAAACAGGCGAAUGAAUAUUAUUACCUAUCUACAUACCUUUACCUAUAUCGAUUUAAAUAUAAUUACAAAUAUAUAUAUAUACAUAUAUCUAUAUGUAUAAAUAUAUAGACAUGCAUAUAUAUAUACAUAUAUAAAGUAUAUACAAAAUAUUAAAAACUAAACAAACAUAAAUAUAACUACAAAUUUACGGAUACAAAAUCAUUAUAAUAAUGCAAAAAACAAAAGCAGAAAAAAAAACAAAUCGAAAAACAAUUGCACUUUAUUUCUUAAUAUUGAAGAAAAUCCCAUUUAAGUGUUUGGACAAAUUGUGUAUUAAAACAAAAAAGCAAAUGUCA